ACAUUUAGAAUACAAAAGCUUUGAAAAACUGUUGAAACUCUCCGGGAUUGCUGGACAAACUCGGUGGAGUGACGUUUAAUCGCAUCAUCGCUCUGAAAGUGAUCUGGAAAGUCCUCUGACAACCUUCACAGUUUGACUUGGACUGAAUGGUGCCAUCGACUUCGCACAAAACUCGUCUGCCACAGGAAUUCUGACAUAACAAUCUUAUUUUCUACGAUUAACUGCAUCACCAUAAACUGGAAGAGGUCUGCCGUCCCGCCUGAGAACAUGUUUUCAGAGUGGCCCCUCUACAUCCUGACCCUCAUGCUGGUCCUUGAAAUCCUGCUGAAGGUCAUCACUUCUGGCUUUGUGAGGUUCCUAAAAGUCGGAUGGAACGUGCUGGACGUCCUUCUUGUCCUGGUUUCUAUCCAAAGCAUCAUUUUGACUGAGCUCAAACUCUCCGACAAGAUGCCCAUCAAUCCCCGGCUUCCUCCUUGUGAUGAGAAUCCUCAGAUUUGCAAACAUUAUUGUUCCCAAAACCUGGAAGAUGAUUGUUCUGUUUAAAACCAUCAUUUGGACGUUUUUGGAGGUCGGUAACCUCAAUCUCCUUUUGACCUUGUUCUGCAUCUACGCUGUGGUGGGAGUGGAGCUCUUUGGAAAGUUAGAAUGCUCUCCGGACUUCCCGUGCCUCGGCCCGAACCGCCACACUAGCUUUGAGAGCUUCAGGGCGGCCCUGCUGUCGCUGUGCCAUGUCAGCAUUGGAUACAACAUGAGCGCCAUCAUUGAAGACACCAUGAGGACGUGCCAUGGCAGCGGCAGCGACUGCAGCUACUCGUACCUGGUUUCUCUCACCUACUUCGGCACAUUUCUCUCCAUGUUCCAUGUUAUGUUUGUCAAACUGGUGGUGGCAUGGCGCAUCAGGACAGCACCGAGGUGAAACUGCAAGUUAUGGACCAGCAUAAGCUGGAAAGAGUUCAUGACAAAUUUAAUAUAUAUGUAUAUAUAUGUCCACUCUAU